AAAACGUCUAAAAUGUAGCCGAAUUUGAAAGUUUUCGAAUUGUUUAAAUUUCCAGCGCUCAGGUUGACCCAAGUGAAAUUUGACCUCCUUAGCAACGCGGGCGAGCGCGCGCAUGAAUCAGUGAAUGGGUCUCUAGCUCAAGUUAACUUGCACUUGGAGUUGUUCCUUUAUGUAACAGAUUUAAUAUGUCGUUUAGGAUCCCUACUGGUGCUGUCUUCUCCAGUACUGUGUCAUGAAUGAUGCUUAUGUGGGCUGUGACUUGCCGUCCCUUGACCAACAACUUAUGAAGGAGGAAUUUCAUACUGCCACUGACCUGCUCAGAAAAGCACUGAGGGCUAAAGAUAAAAUUCAAGCGAACAAUGAAGAGGCUAGUUCUCCGAAGUUUCUUGAAAACACGUUAACAGAGGAUACGUCUACAAGAAACAGUUGUUUACAGGCAAAAAAAUGCAACGUUGUUACGAAGUACAGAGAUUCGAACACUCUUAGCUGUAAAACUGCUAACAAUUCUUGCAAUUUCGAAUCAAAACAAGAACAAGACAAAGAUGCGAGUAAAAAUAACACUGAACACACGAUUACAUUGACAUCAGAGGGAAAUUCCUCUACGGGUCUUAGUCAUGAAGUUGGUAGUUUCAGUGAAAAGACAGCACUUGCGGAAUUGCGCUUUCCCGACAUAGAUGCAGCGACAACAUCGAUUCUCAGGGAACAAGAUUCGGAAAGCGAAGACGAGCUGGAGCAAUUUGUAUUUCAACCCAAGAGUGGAAGAGAAGAAAAUCGCAACUUUUCAUCAACUAACUUCAAACUAAACAAGUAAAGAGAUCGUGAUUUGUAAUAACACUCAUCAGGUUUGUGAAAGAAAACUUGAAAAUUUUCUGUGCCCGGCAAAACAUCUUGAUUUGUAAUAAAACUCGUUAGUUUUGUGAAAGAAAA